AUGGCUCCCGCGCAGGCGCCGGACCCCGAGGUCGACAUCGACAUGAUCCAGGAGGAAGAAGACGAUCAGGUCGAGCGCCUCAUCAAUGAGGAGUACAAGACGUGGAAGAAGAACAGCCCGUUCCUCUACGACAUGAUUCUCGGAACGGCCCUGACUUGGCCUACUCUCACUGUCCAGUGGUUCCCCGACGUCAAGGAGCCCGAGGGCAAGAACUACAGGAUGCACCGCCUCCUGCUAGGCACGCACACCUCCGACGACAGCACCAACUACCUUCAAAUUGCCGAUGUGCAGAUCCCCAAGGCGGUCGCGCCCAAUCCCGACAACUACGACGAGGAGCGGGGCGAGAUUGGCGGAUACGGCAACUCUGGCGAUGUCGCCGCCAUCAAGUGCGACAUUGUGCAGAAGAUUGAGCACCCCAGCGAGGUCAACAAGGCGCGCUACCAGCCACAAAAUCCCGACAUCAUUGCCACAUUGUGUGUCGACGGAAGAAUUCUCAUCUUUGACCGGACAAAGCACCCUCUCCAACCCGCCAACCCGGGCAAGAUCAACCCCCAGAUCGAGCUUGUCGGCCACAAGGCUGAGGGCUUCGGCCUGAACUGGAAUCCGCAUGAGGCCGGCUGCCUGGCGUCGGGAAGUGAGGACAAGACCAUGUGCCUUUGGGACUUGAAGACGCUCGAGGCAGACUCGAAAACACUCCGACCAGCUCGUCGGUAUACCCACCACACUCAAAUCGUCAACGACGUGCAGUACCACCCCAUCGCCAAGAGCUUCAUCGGCUCCGUUUCAGACGAUCAGACGCUCCAGAUUGUCGAUGUCCGCCAGAGCGACACGACCAAGGCUGCAGUCGUUGCCAAGAAGGGCCAUCUCGAUGCCAUCAAUGCCCUCGCCUUCAACCCUACCUCAGAGAUUCUCGUCGCCACAGCUUCUGCCGAUAAGACGAUCGGAAUCUGGGACUUGCGAAACGUCAAGGAGAAGGUGCACACGCUGGAAGGCCACAACGAUGCGGUGACGUCCCUGGCUUGGCACCCGACCGAAGCCGGCAUCUUGGGCAGCGGUAGCUACGAUCGGAGAAUCAUCUUCUGGGAUCUGUCUCGGGUUGGCGAGGAGCAGCUGCCUGAUGACCAAGAUGACGGCCCCCCAGAGCUGCUCUUCAUGCACGGCGGCCACACGAACCACCUGGCCGACUUCAGCUGGAACCCGAAUGAGCCCUGGCUUGUGGCGAGUGCCGCAGAGGAUAAUUUGCUCCAGAUUUGGAAGGUCGCAGAGUCCAUCGUAGGACGGGAUGACGGCGAUCUUCCCGUCGACGAGCUUGACCGAUAG